CAUGAUCUCAUUGAUGUCCAGGAUGGGCGCCGUGGUUCCUCUGCUCCUGUGUUGGUGCACGCUGCAGGUUCUCAGCACUAAUGGAAACGCUCACAGGAACCUUGGGACGCCAGCACUAAACAGGACGAGCAUGACCGCUGCCAGGAGGGUUCGAGCUGUCAACAGACCGAUACCAAUCAACUGCAAACUGGAGAGCUGGACUCCAUGGACACCAUGUGACUCUUGCACUGACCAAAAGUUGCGUUUCCGAAAGCUGGAGAAAGCUUCUCAGUUUGGUGGGACGGCGUGCUUUGAGACCCUGUGGGAGGCGCUGGCGUGUCCGGCAACAAGUGCCCCGUGUUUGGUGCCCGACUACUGCGGCCAGAGCGCCACCUGCAAGGAGACAGGACGCUGCAUCAGCCCGUCUCUUCGCUGUAACGGAGAAGCAGACUGCGAUGAUCUUUCCGAUGAAGACCAUUGUGAACACCUCAAUCUGAGGAAGGACAAGUGUUCCGCACUCCUCAGCAUUCCUGGCGCCGAGCGUGGAACUCAGGGCUAUAAUGCCUUAACUGGGGAAUUUGUGGAUCAGGUGCUGGACCCCAAGUACUUUGGAGGGAAAUGUGACUACGUCUACAACGGUGACUGGAGGAAGUUCACCUACGACGCCUUCUGUGAAAAGCUGCACUACAACGAAGAUGAGAAGAACUACCGCCAACCGUACAACUACCAUACUUACCAAUUUGUGGCGGAGGCAACGUCAGAAGGCUCCAAGGAAUAUUACAGUGACGCAGUGGACCUACUCCGCGCCAGGAAGACUAUGAGCUCGUCCCACCACGGCGGCACCAUCGGCGUCUAUUAUGUGGAAGUGGGAGUGAGGGGGAGUAAAGAGUCACAGUUUUUAAGCAACUUAACACAGCAUAAAAGCCAGGACUUGGGCUUCAUCAGGCUGGUGUCCAGCGUGGAAACAGCUCACUUCAAGAUGAGAAGUGAGAAGCAGGAGCUGCAUGAGGACUUCUACCUGGCUCUGAUGGAGCUCCCAGAGCAGUACCACUUCGGCGCCUACUCGCGCUUCUUCGACACCUUCGGCACCCACUACGUCACCCAGGGAACCAUGGGAGGAACCCUGGAGUACGUGGUGGUGGUCAACAAAACAUCCAUGGCGGAAUCAAAACUGGAGGAGAAACAGGCCGGGUCUUGCCUGGGCGCCUCUCUGGGUCUGAGCUACCCGCUCAAAGGCUACGGCUCUGCAUCCCUCACUGUGGGAGGCGACUUGUGUAAGAAACAUGGAACACUACAUCAAGACAGCGACACAGGUUCAGCUGUGAUUGAGGACAUCAUCACCAUGGUAACGGGGGGCUACGUAGACACCAGCAGCAGCUUGUUGACCAUCAGGGACCCCGAGACUUACCGCAAGUGGGGGGCAAGUCUUAAAUACAACCCGGCGGUCAUUAAGUACGAGACCAUGCCCAUCCACGAGCUAGUGCGCUUCAGCACAGCCUCUGACCACGUAGGAGCGCGACUGGCCAACCUUCAGAGGGGCUUGGAUGAGUACCAGCAGCAGUUCAGUUCCUGCCGCUGCGCCCCCUGCAGGCAUAAUGGUGUACCCCUACUGACCGCUACUUCCUGCAGCUGCAUCUGUAAGGCCGGCUACCAAGGACUAGCCUGCCAGGACACCCUGCGACCAGACACCAGCACAGACGGGUCCUGGUCCUGCUGGGGAACUUGGUCUCCUUGUACUUCAGGAGGCAAACGACGGACCAGGGUCUGUAAUAAUCCUCCACCUGAUGGAGGCGGGGCUACAUGUCUUGGCUCCUCCUCCCAGACGCAGCGCUGUUGAUGCGAGUCUGAGUUCAACUUCCUGUUUUAAUAAAAGGAGCUGAGUAUUUCAA